AUGUGGAAGCCGACUACUGGCUCCGAUCUCAUAAACACUUAUUAUAACACUUCUGUGCGGUCAUGGUGCAUGCUCAUCACUAUGCCAGUGCUUGCAACCGCGCCAAUGCUUGCAACCGUGCCAGUGCUCGCAACCGCACCAGUGCUCACGACUAUGCCAGCUCUUGCAACCACACCAGCUCUCACAACCGCACCGGCACUCACAACUGCACCAGCUCUCAUGGCACCUCCAAUUGUGAAUAUUUACCGAUCUCUUUGCCAGCUAGAUCCUCUAGUUCCUCCACUAGCCAGAUCCCUUCAACAUCUGCUGCAUCCAAACCACUCGAACUAUCUUCGCCAAUGGACACGCUACAAGCAGAUGGAGCAUGAUGUGGUGGCAUCCACAGUGUAG